CUGGCCAACAGAUUCGGUGAACAGAUCGGCCAGGGUGCGUAUGGUCCUGUCUAUCGAGGUGGACUAACUCUUGCAGGAACCUACGAAAACGGCCAGCCUACACCAGUCUAUUUAAAGGCCCUGACCAAUGGAACAUCUGCUAAUUUACAAGCUGAUUUCCGUCGGGAGGCAAACGUGAUGGCCGAGCUUAGACACCCGAAUGUGCUCAGCCUUCUCGGUGUCAGUAUGCAACAGGCCCCCUGAUCUCUGGCAAUUUAA